CUCACUCUGUGCUUCUUCCUCCUCCCACCACAGGUUCGGCACACAACAACAACAUCACACAAUCUCACAACAGAAGAAGCAGGAAGCUAAAAUCUGACCCUAGAAAAUGGGGCUCUGCAUGUCUAGCGGCGCGGCAGCUGUGGCGGCGGUGCAGGCCGACGGGCUGGCCGCGUCGACGGCGAUGGUUCUGCUUCCGACGGGAGAACUGCGGGAGUACCCACCCACGGCUACAGCCGCGCGGGUUCUCCAGGACUCCGUCGACGCAGGAGCCGGCUGGUUCCUGUGCGACGCCGACGCGAUGGGGUUCGAGGGAGCCGUGUCCGCUGUGGGCGCAGGCGAGGAGCUCCGACCGGGCCAGAUCUACUUCGUGCUCCCCGCGGAGGCCCGCCGCAGCGGCCUCCGGCGGGAGGACAUCGCCGCGCUCGCCGUCAGGGCGUCCGCCGCGCUCGCCAGGAAAUCCAGCGCGUUGCCGCUCGUGUUCGCCCCGCCAGCGGAGAAGGCCUGCCAGGCCGCCGCAUACAAGACCGUGCCGGCGCUAGCGGCCAAGAGGCGGCAGGUGGCGCGCGCCAAGAGCGCCGGGAGGAUGCAGCCGCGGUUCGCGCCGGAUCUGAGCGCCAUUCUCGAGUGCGACACGAGUGAGUGAUUUUCUGGGAUCGAAGCAAGAACAGAUAUUUGGGGAUGAUUCCAGUCUAUGUCUCGAACAUGGAGGACCUCCGACCAUUCUGGACAAAGGACGCGGACGGGCGGAAUUGAUGUCGCCACCCUGGCUUAGGCUGCAUCAGCGGCUGACAAAGAGGAGGUCCGUCGGAUCUGUAUCGGACGGACGUUGCUGGCUUGGAUCGGAAGAUACCAUAGCGUCGGUGCAUAUGUGGCUGGUGGGGGUGACGUCAUGGAUUAGCAUGUGCAUAAUUUGUAGGAACAAAAUUUUGAUCGUGUUGUUUCGCAGAACAAAAAAAAAAUUUGAUCGUGGUAUUACCUGAGUUUUGUUCCCCGAGAACGAAGGAUGGACCGUGGAGAGAGAUUUUUGUGUCAAUGCGAACUAUGAAUUUUGCCUCAACAUGCA